GCGAAGGGAAAGGGAAAGGGCGUGCACGCUGAGAAGAGCAAGGGGAAGGGCAAGCGCAACGAGUACAAGCCCAAUGGGCAAGCCAAAGGAAAAGGCAAAGGAAAGGCGCUCUUGCGACCGGCCGCCGCGCCGCGCAAGAGGCGGGAGCGGCCCGACUUCGAGCUGAUCACAGCGGGCAAGAUCGAGGAGGCGAAGGCCCGCGCGGCAGCGCUCCUGCCCGCCGCCGCGCUGCGGGGUGGGGGCCGGCCGGUGGCCUGCCUGGGGGUCAGCCUCGAAGCUGUGGAGGCCUACUUUGCUUGGCAGGGCCUGGCCUCCACAGCCGGGGCUGACUCCCCGGGGCUCUGGCGGUGCGGCAGCCCUCGGGGGCGCCAGCUUUAG